AUGAUCAUGGCAUCAAUAUCUUUCCACGGCAACAACCAAGGGCUUCAGAUCGGAGACAACCGUGGCUUAAUCAACGCGGAUUUCCAUCUUCCGCCAGAGCGACCGGAAACCCCGCCUAGUCCUCUAUCAACUGUCCCAUUCCCACGCGAUCCAGUCUUUGUUCACCGUAAUACGCUGCUCAGCCGGAUUCAGGAAAGCUCAGUGCCAGGGUCGCGGAUAGCGUUAGUCGGCCUCGGUGGUGUCGGGAAAUCGCAACUUGCCAUCGAAUACUCGUACCAGGUCCAGUCCGCAUCUCCAACAACAUGGGUUUUCUGGGUCCACGCGAGUAACAAAGCUCGGUUUGAGCAGAGUUUCCGGGAUAUUGCAGACCAGGCUAAAAUCAAGGAUCGUCACGAUCCUCAAGUUAACAUAUUCAGACUGAUCGAGAAUUGGCUCCGGGAUAAGAAGAGAGGGAAGUGGCUCUUAAUCCUUGAUAACAUGGAUGACGAUCAGCUUCUGAGCUCGUUUUCGAUGGCAGGUAACGAAGGUCCAACCGCAAGCAUCGCAGACACCCCGAGAAAACCAUUGCUGGAAUAUAUUCCUAAAAGCGGAAACAGUUCAAUCAUUAUCACGAGUCGAUCUCGAGAGGUUGCGCUAAAGAUGGUCCAGCACAAGGAUCUUAUUGAAGUCAAACCAAUGGAAAAGUCCGAGGCACUAGAACUUCUUCAGAAGACGCUUGAUCAGCCUGACGAAAGCCAAGAGAGUCGGCGUUUAGUUGAGAAACUCGACUUUAUACCACUUGCGAUAGUCCAGGCCGCCAGCUAUAUUCGCAAUCGGGCACCUCUCAGUUCAGUAUCCCAAUAUUUGAGACAUUUCCAACAGAGUGACCGCCAUGUGACAAAGCUUCUUGCAAAAGAGGCGGGUCACCUUUACCGGGAUUGGGAAGCAAAGAAUUCAAUUUUAGUGACGUGGCAAAUUUCGUUUGAUCAUGUACGCCACAAAAAGCCAUCCGCUGCGGACUUGCUUUCUCUAAUGAGCUUUUUUGAUCGGCAAGGGAUACCAGAAAACCUUAUUCGGCAUCAACCUACAGCCAACUACAUCCCAAGUCCAGAUUUUUACAGUAACUCCAGUGAUGGGGAUACAUUCGAAUCUGAUUUAGAUUUUGAAGAUGACGUCGCAAUUCUGAGAGACUAUUCAUUGAUAUCUAUCAUGGGUGAUAGCAAUUCCUUUACGAUGCAUCGACUAGUGCAACUGACUACACGCGUGUGGUUGCAAUCGCAUGGGAAACUAGACCAAUGGAGGGAUGUUUUCAUCAGCAUUCUGAACCACAGUUUUCCUCGUAAAGAGCAAUACGAAAAUUGGGAAAUAUGCCAAUCACUCUUCCCUCAUGUUCGAUCAGCGAUGUCUCAGCGUCCAGAAUCCCAGCAGAGUCUACUCCAAUGGGCCACGCUAUUACACAGAGGCGCGCGUUAUGCGUGGCAAAGUGGAAAUCUCGCAGACCUGAAAGAAAUGGCGUUGAAGGCAAAGAAUCAGAGAGCGAAUCUAUUAGGUGAAGAGGACAAUGACACGCUUGAAAGCACUUCAUUACUCGCAACCGCAUAUUCGACCGAAGGCCAGUUUGAGGAAUGCGAGAGGAUCUUGGUGCAGGUAAUGAAUACUCGCAAAAGAAAACUAGGCGACGAUCAUCCAGACACGCUGAAGGCUAUGGGAAACCUGGCAUCGACAUAUUCAGACCAGGGCAUGUUGAAGGAGGCCGAGAGGCUCGAAUUGCAGGUGCUAAAAGUUCGCAAGGCAAACCUUGGAGAAGAUCAUCUUGACACUCUAACGAGUAUCGGUAACCUUGCUUUGUCGUAUUUGAGACAGGGUCGGCUGGAGGAGGCCAAGAGGCUAUUAUUGCAGGUUAUGGAAGCUCGCAAGAAAAUUCUUGGUGAAGAUCAUCCUAACACACUUGCGAUUAUCGGCAAUUUAGCGUUGGUGCAUCUACAGCAGAAUCUUUGUGGCGAAGCCGAGAAGUUAUUAGAGAAGGUGGUGCAAGAUCUCAUCUUGAAGAUCGGCGAAACCCAUCCCACUACGCUUUCCAGCAUGAAUAAUCUUGGAGUAGCGUAUAGGAGUCAUCAAAGGUUCCUGGAUGCCGAAAAACUCCAGUUGCGGCUACUGAACUUGAGCCAGGCGAGGUUCGCCGACGACCAUCCUUUCAUGCUGAGAAGCAUGGUCAACCUCGCGUUGAUAUAUUCAGACCAAGGUCGAUGGGACGAGUGUGAGAAGGUCCUCACUCGGGUGAUGGAAAUACAUAGAGCGAAGCUCGGUGACGCCCAUCCUAAAACGCUCUCUAGCAUGGAGAACCUAGCAGUAGCAUACAAAUCCUUGGGCCAGUGGGAGAAGGCCGAGAAGCUCGAGGUGCAGCUGAUGGAAACAAAAAAAUCUUUCUUUGGUGAAGCCCAUCCUACAACAUUGACGAGUAUGGCCAAUUUGGCCUUCACCCGGAAAUCAACAGGUCGAAAUACCGAUGCUCUCAAGUUACUGCAAGAUUGCUUAGCUAUGGAGAAGCAAUUGCUUGGGCCAAAUCCUCAAAUAUUGUCUAUUUCUGAGACUUUGCUGGAAUGGGAAACCGAGUGGCGCAAUUUUGAUACUUAG